AUGACGGCGUUUAAACUCGGUCUGCUUCUCCUUGUAAUGAAUUUUGUACACAGCGAGUUAAUAACUAAUGAAACUGCAGCACGUGAGUUUGCCAAUGAAGUAAAUGCCGGUUCAGAAGUGGUGAUGUAUAAUUUUGUGGCUGCAUCAUGGAAUUAUAACACAAAUAUUACCACAGAAAACCAACAGGCAAUGGUAGACGAGAGUCUGAAACUGGCGCUGUUUGAUCAGGCGGUGGAAGCUAAUGCUUCUCGAUAUGACUGGAAAAAUUUUAGUGAUACCGAUUUAAACAGACUGUUUUCUAAAUUAGUGGACAUUGGAACAGCUGCCAUGACAGACAAGGUCAAACUAGAGAGGCUAAACAACAUCAUGUCAGAAAUGGAAGCUAUAUAUAGCACUGGAAAGGUCUGUUUGACCGAGAAUAAUUGUCUUCCCUUAGAUCCAGAUCUUUCACGACUGAUGGCGACCUCCACUGACUAUGAUGAACUGUUAACGGUUUGGAAAGGAUGGCGAGAUGCGACUGGUGCCAAGAUUAAAGAUUUAUAUAAAGAAUUUGUCAGUUUGAGUAACGAAGCUAUAGUUCAGAACGGAUAUCCCGAUACUGGUGCCUAUUGGAAAUCCUGGUAUGACACACCCACAUUUGAAGAAGAUCUGAAAACCCUAUUUGAAACCCUGAAACCUCUCUAUGUAAAUUUACAUGCCUAUACAAGAAAGAAGUUGAAGGAACGAUAUGGUGCUGAUAAAUUUCCCACCAGUGGACACAUACCUGCUCAUAUAUUGGGUAAUAUGUGGGCACAGACGUGGGGUAAUUUGUUUGAUUUGUUGGAACCAUACCCUGGUAAAGAUGAUAUCGAUGUAACACCACAAAUGGUUCAACAGAACUAUACAGCAGAAAAAAUGUUUCAAGUUUCUGACGAGUUUUUUAAAUCUCUUGGACUGAUUGAGAUGCCGUCGGAGUUCUGGGACCACUCCAUGCUGAAAAAACCUACAGAUGGAAGAGACGUCGUGUGUCAUGCAUCAGCCUGGGAUUUCUACAACAAAAAAGACUUUCGAGUAAAACAAUGUACAGAUAUAACAAUGGAAGAUUUAAUAACUGUUCAUCAUGAGAUGGGCCAUAUAGAAUAUUAUUUACAAUAUAAAGAUCAACAUGUUGUUUAUAGAGACGGAGCUAAUCCAGGUUUCCAUGAAGCUGUAGGAGAUGUUAUCUCACUAUCUGUACAAACGCCAACUCAUCUGCAGAAAAUAGGUUUACUACCGGAAGUUACUAAUGAUGAAGAGGCUGAGAUUAAUUUUUUAAUGAAGAUGGCACUACAGAAGAUUGCCUUCCUACCAUUUGGGUAUCUGAUAGACCAAUGGAGGUGGAGUGUUUUUAGUGGAGAAACUACACCAGAUAACUACAACCAGAAAUGGUGGGAUCUCAGAUGUGGUCUACAAGGUAUAUCCCCACCAGAAGAUAGAACAGAAGAUGAUUUUGACCCUGGGGCAAAAUUUCACAUCCCUGGCAACACGCCUUACAUUAGAUAUUUUGUGAGUUUUGUGAUUCAGUUCCAGUUCCACAAAUCUCUCUGUCAGGCGGCAGGACAGAAUGUACCUCUACACCAGUGUGAUAUCUAUCAGAGCACAGCAGCUGGACAAAAAUUGAGCGAAAUGUUAAAACUGGGCUCAUCCAAACCCUGGCCUGAAGCCAUGAUGAUGAUAGCCGGUGAAGACAAGAUGAAUGCAGCUGCCCUGAUGGAAUAUUUUCAACCCCUGACCACAUGGUUAAUAGAACAAAAUGAUGUUUAUAAACUUGUGUUUGCAGAAUCUAAUCCCUAA